UAGACCUACUUUUUUUUACGGUUGACUUUUUGUUUCACUGUGCACUCAUUUAAAUAUAGCAGUUUGAUGAAUUUGAUAUUCUUUCUUGUUUACCUGUUUUCACAUUUCUAUAUUAUGUCAUGUUUGAUAUGGGAAUCUACUGAAAUAUCAUUUUUUUCUUAGUUUCUCAUUUGUUUUUCAUUUAAUCAUAGUUUAAAAAAAAUGUUAGGAACUUUAAGUUCUAAUGACAUGCAACACACAUACAUACGUAAAUGUAGUGUAAAAAGCCGUCAGCUAUGGCAUCUACAGUAGGCUAAAAUGCAUUUGGACACUUCAACAAAUAUGAAUGUCUUUGCAGCACCAUUUGUAAACAUUAAGGUUCAUUAAACAAUUUAUUAGCACUAGUAAGCCAAGUGAAUAAUUACAGGUUCCCCUUUUUGAAUUUUUAAUUAUAACUAACCACAUUACAGUAAGUUCCUUAAACAGCCUGUUUUGUUUUGUUUUAAAUCAUGCUGUUAUACAUAUUAAUCCUCCUUAUGGUCUAACUUCCAUAGCAAUAAAUGUAUUUCUAAAAUGUUCUUUUCUAGAUGGCAUAUAUUUUUAAUACACCAACAUUUUUGUCUUAUAAUUAAUUAUAAUGUGUAUAUUGCUGUUUAUCUUACUGUAUUGUAUUUUUCAUCUCAAUGGCUUUAUCCUAAGAAAUAAACUUGUACUAUAAAUCAUUGCCCAAGGAUUUUGGAGUCAUUGCAAACUAAUAAAAAGCAACAACUUAGGAAAAUAAUACCAACUUUAAAGGUAUGCUAAGUAUCACGACAUGUUUGAAAACAUAACCAACACCACUAAUAACCAGCUGCCUGGAAAUUUUGCAUGUACCGUUAUUUGGUCGAUGUGGUUAAAUGAAACCCUCAGAAAUGUGUCGUUCUUCAUGAGUAUUUUGUCUCAUGAAACUAGAGUCCCUCAGUUCUCUCUUAUCACUGCUAAAAAACAAUCUCUCUUCAGACAAAAGAUGGCUGAAAAUGUUUAUCUCAGCUAUUUAUCAGAACCCAAACUGACAUCAGCGGAUAAAGAUGAGAGGCACCUUUGUAAACCAAUGCUCAAGAAAUUCUCUGUUCUCCUCUUCAUGUCACUGUUGGCAAAUGGGGUGUUGGCAUACCUGUAUAUCACCAAAAAUGCAAAUCUGUAUUGUGAACCAAUAGGAAACUGCUUAAAUUCAGGAUUACCUUUAGAUGCUCAACCAGUCGUGAAAGUAAACUCCAUGAAAAUUAAAAACCACAGUGUGCCAAACUACUGUUCAGAUUUAAAAGAGAAGUGGAUCAGAGCACAGGGCAGAUUCUAUGUUUUCUCCACUGAUGUCUUGGACUGGAACACCAGCAGACAACGCUGUCAGGAUCUGGGUGGAGACCUGGUCAUUGUCAACAAUACAGACGAACAGGAAUUUCUCUCUAAUAGAGUAAGUGGUAAAAAUGACUAUCACUGGAUUGGCCUGACCGACAGCCAGACGGAGGGUGUGUGGCUUUGGGUGGACAACAGCCUCUUAAACAACAGCCUCAACCUGCAAAUGGGAGUCUACUCCAGAUGACUAUAAGGUUGAAAAUCCUUUGCAUGGUGAAGACUGUGUUAUCUUAAAGGGAGAAAAAUGGGGGACGUCUCUUGCUUGAGGAAAGAGAAGAGGAUCUGUGAGAUUCCAUGCUCUCCACCUCAGUGACACAGACCUAAAAGAAGUAACUAGGUCACUUUUAUUGCUUGUAUUUAGACAGUUAUCUUUACACUUUAAACCUACCAGCGAAUGAGUUGUGAGUUGUAAUAGGCUAUCGAUAGUGAUCAUGUAUUACGCUAUGUAUGUUAUGCUUGUAAAUGAAGCCAUAAAUUUGCACCUUGUGUACUGUAUACAACAAGGCUGUUGCGUCCCAUUCUGUUUGAUGUUCUAUUUUAUUAUAUAUAUAUAUAUAUAUAUAUAUAAUAUUAUAUUAAUUCUAUUCUAAACUUGUUCUCUUAAAAAGCCAAAAUGAUGACAUUUGUUGGCAAAAAAGCCCAAUCAUUUGAAUACAAAUUUCACAACAUUCUCAACAUGCCAAAACUAAAAAUUCAUAAGAUAAGCUUCA